UGUACGGGCGGGGGACGCUGCUCCUCAGGUACACCUUUGGUCAGGACCAGCAAAGAUUUGCUUUACAAACACUUUAUGGUCUUCUCAGCUUCUCACGUUACAUUCUUUUGAGUGUGUGAGGGCCCUGUGGUGGCUACGAGCUCUUCCAGAGGGAGACCGCUACCACACAGCUCUGGGGGGAAAUUCUGUCUUGCCCUUCUGCCUGCGCUGCCCGGCUCUCAUCCCUGAACUGGAAAUCUGCCUGCCAAGGGAUAAUCCUCAGGGUAUUCUAUACAAAGAAACAGCAGUGGUGACAGAGGUCGCUUCAUUUUGUAAGAGGUUGUGUGGUCGCCUGUGAGAAAUCACCCCGGGGAUUUUUCCGGUAGAGGAAACAAUGCUGUCGGGCUGGUGGAGGAACCUUGUUAUCUGGGGUACAGUUCCACAAGGAUGGCUUCCUUGUCCUAGAGCGGUUUUUUACUGCAGAGGAGUGUGACAGCAUGAGGAACCAGAUUCAGAGAAUCGUAGCGGAGAUGGAAGUGCCGCCACACUGCCGCACCGAGUUCUCCACCAAGGAGCAGGAGCAGCUCCAGGAGCAGGGUAGUUCGGAUUAUUUCCUAACCAGUGGAGACAAGAUUAGAUUCUUCUUUGAGAAAGGUGUUUUGGAUGAGAGAGGUAACUUCCGAAUUCCAAAGGAGAAAUCUGUCAGCAAGAUUGGCCACGCUUUGCAUGCUUAUGAUCCUGUCUUCAAGCAAAUCACCCACUCCUCCAAGGUGCAGGAAUUGGGAAGAAAACUAGGCCUUGAGAGACCGGUAGUUGUGCAAAGCAUGUAUAUCUUCAAGCAGCCUGGCAUCGGCGGUGAAGUGACACCACACCAGGAUGCCACCUUCCUGCACACGGAGCCUCUGGGCAGAAUCCUGGGGUUCUGGAUCGCCCUGGAGGAUGCCACGCGGGAGAACGGCUGCCUGUGGUUCAUUCCCGGCUCUCACACCAGUGGAAUUAACCGGAGAAUGGUCCGUGCAGCUCCAGGUUCCUCAACCUGUGUAGAGUUUGUAGGGUCAGAGCCGGCCUAUGACAACAGCCAGUUCAUACCUCUGCCUAUAAGUAAAGGUGGGCUCAUUCUCAUCCACGGUGAAGUUGUCCAUAAGAGUGAGCUCAACAGCUCAGAGUCUUCUCGCCAUGCGUUCACCUUCCACGUGAUGGAAGCCAAAGACACCAGCUGGAGCAAAGAGAACUGGCUCCAGCCAACUCCUGAACUGCCUUUUCCAUCGCUCUACACUUGAAGCUAGUGGUUGGCGUCUGGAGUCAAUAGCUGAUCAAUAUUCCUUUCUGUUCGCGUUCCCUUUAAACACAACUCUGGCUGGGUCAGCUCCCAAGGUUAAUUCGCCCUUUUCUCAGAACGACAAUCCCCGGCACAGCUGAACACACCAGACAGACGCUUCUGCUGCAGCGUGAGCCUUACUGGUGUGAGAAGUCACCCCAUCCUUUUGGUGAGAAAACUUCUCCAGUCUUGAGAAUAGGCCAUUAAAGACCAUUGCACCUUGACUGGGACCAGUUAAGAAGUAUUUCUCCUUGCAGACGGUCAGUAUUUUCUUCUGUUCAAGUCAGGAGCUCGCCUAGUGCGUUUCUCGGCUGUGCUGAUUCCAGGAGUGCAGGCAAUGCAUCCUGCGGGGGUGGCUGACUUUUACCCUUGGGUCUCUGUCCUGUUGUUUGAGUAACAGUGAUUAAAAAUAAUCCUAUUGUGGGUGAAAUGAAGCAGGAAUUUUACAAGUAUUUCUAGAAGACUGUAGCAAAGUGUGAUCUCUGGGUGUGUUGACUAAAAAUAUUAGAAUUCCUAAAGACUGAUGUUGAAACAAUGAAAGCAAAACCCCCCAAACUCCUAACAUUUAAAUAAAAAAAAAUAGAAAUUCUC